AUGUAUGUUCAUGUUUUUAAAGGAGAUGAUAAAGAUAACAGUGGAAAUGAUGACGAUUCAUCUACAUGUGAAAAGAAAGUAACUGAUGCAGUCACAAACAAAGAGAAAACAUCGAACAAGAAAAUAUCAAGUGAGAAAAUGUCAUGCAAGAAGAGAAGAUUGAACCAGGAAAAAGAGUUAAAAAUGCCUAUGAACAAAAAAAAAAGAAACGCAAUGUUGAAAAAUUUCUGGAAAUUGUCUUUGAGAAAUUUAAGGACUCAUCAGCAAGUGAAUUUGAAAGGUAGAACUAAAUUUCGGUAUGCCUAUAUGUGCAAAACCUCAAAAUUAAGUAAACGCAAAUGA